AUGGAAGGUAUACCAGUGGGACGAGAAGGUUUGCAGCUUUUUGGAUGGUGCCACUUGCAACAAAGAAAGAAACGCUUGCUGGAACUGAUGAAAAGAAUGCUUAAUUAUCAGAUGGAAAACGAUAAUGCGUCCGGAAUGCGCAUCGUCACUGAACAGGACAUGAAUGAAUUGAGCGGCUUAGCCUGUAAGCAACUAUGGUUUGUUUUUAGAGUGCACGGAGUGCAGACAGUGGAAGGUUUGAUGGACGUUUCAACAAAAUUUCAACUUUAUUAUGGUUCAGAACUUUGCAUUCAAAAUGGAUUGGGCGGAUUAGCGGCGCGCUUUGGCCUAACUCCUCUACAGUUUGCGGAAAAUCUGGACUGGAAGCGUCAUGAGAUUGAGCAGGAUGAUGAAGAGCCGUUGAAAGCUGCAGAGCAGUAUGUGUGCCCCAGUUUCCCCACGCCUGAGUCAGUUCUAGCCGGUGCUAUUCACAUUGUUGCUAAGCAGCUAAGCCGGGAACCAAAGGUUCGUGAAAUGCUACGAAGGCGAUAUCGAAUGCGCUUGAGAAUCACAGUUUGCCCAACAAAAAAGGGUCGAGAGGAAAUCGACGAAAAUCACAAGUUGUGGCCGAGGAGGUACAUUCGCGACAAGCCAGUGGCUCAGUUGCGGCAUGACGAGUUUCUUUGGUAUGCACAGGCGAAGUCUGCGGGUCUACUUAAUGUGAAGCUUCACUGUGAUACAGACGAGGAAGUGCGAUUCAAAAGGACGUUGCUGCAGGAAUUUUUGACCGAUCAACCCUACUAUAAGGAUGAGUAUUCUCGAGUUGUAGAUCUCUGGAAUAAAGCAAGGGAAGAGGCGGUAAUUGUUUGUGUAAAUAGCUUUAUUUUGCCGGUAUUGGAACGCGAGGCACACGGACGACUGCUGCAAGAAUCGAGGGAUUACCAAAGUACACAAAAUCUUUAUGAUCGUAUCAGGAUGGCAGCAUAUCGUAGCCCACAUGAAUACGGCGACGAUUCUGAAAAUGGAUUUACUGGUGGAACGAGGGUUCUGAGCAUUGCUUAUCCGGAGGAAAGAGGACAGGCAUCGUUUUGUGCUUUGCUCGAUCAGGAUGGCCAGGUUCUCGAUCAUCUGCGAUUAGUAAAUAUUACGAAAGGACUGAAUUCGAGGAGGCCGGGGGAAGCAGAUCUAAAGCGCCAAGAUUUGAAUUCUCUUCGUAAAUUCAUUGAAAAGCGUCGUCCUCAUGUGAUUGCAAUAUCUGGCGAAAAUAUGGAAGCGAUUUACCUUCACCGUGAUAUCUCGUCAAUG